AUGGCAGAUCAGAUGCAGUUCAUGUCUUUAGAUGAUCAUGAUUUGGCUUCAUCGUCUCAAAACAUGGCAUUUGACAAGAGAAAUGACAGUAGUAGCAGCACCAAUCCUAUCCAUAACCAGAAUUUGCCACUUCCAAGCCCAAAAUGCAACAGUAAUAGAAAGCUAAACAAUACAGUGGACAACAAGGAUAAAGAAGGGUUUUCUGCUGGAAAUGAAUCAAGUUGGUCCCUUUCAGCAGAUGAAGAAGAUUAUAUAGUGUUCAGUUUUAGAGAAGAUGGAACAUUAGAUGUUGUCGAAGAUCGUAACGAUGGUGGUGUUGAUAGAAAGCAUAAGAACUCAAGGCCUGUGAGUAGAAAGGUACACAAUUCUCAAAUUUUGAUCUACACAUACUUGAAUAUUGUGAGGAUGCAGAACAAGUUGGCUGAGGAAAAAGAGAUUGUGGAUACUGAAGAACCUGAGAUGGUGCCUUCAGAUUUAAGGGACUCAAAUAAAUCUGAAGGAAGCAGAGGUUCUUUUGCAUUCCCUGUGUUAGGCUUGGAAUGGAUUGGAAGCCCUGUGCAAAUGCCAAGGUCAGAAGAUGUGCAUCUAAGGAAGCAGAAGAUUCGGUCUCUGAGAUUUCUGUGUUGUAAAUUCUGAUAUCUGCUGCAUAUUCUUUUUCCCCUAGGAUCAAUUAUUAAGAAAAGAAUUUUUUUUUUUACUUUGAUUUUAAGUCCACAUAGGUUGCCCAUUUGAGCCUGACAU